UCCACUUUUGGAAUUCGUUUUCCUGCUGUAAACGGUUCUGAAGUUUUGAACAAGGAUUCUGUUUUCGUCAAUCAUGUGGACAACUGCGAAACUUCUCUGUGCCGUGUUGGCCGUGACGUUCCUCAGAGUUGGAGGAGUGGGACCAUUUGACCGUCGCCAAGACCCAAGAUACAGUCCUGCUCCUGUCGAACCUGGUUUAGUCGAAGGUGAUUUCAAGCUGACGUCACAGCAGGAGGUGAAUUUGAAGAUGUACAGAAACGUUUAUGGUCCCCAAUCGCGGUCGGCAUCCGGACGAGAAAGCGAACGGUGGCCUGGUGCGAUUAUUCCUUACGUCUUUGAUUGCAGUGUAGCCAACCAACCAAACGCUAUUGAAUCAACAAAGAAAGCAAUGGCUAUUUGGGAGAAAAAUACUUGUAUUCGUUUUGUUGAAAGGACGAAUGAGAAAAAUUACCUGGAAUUUUUCAGAUCUGCGGGGUGUUGGGCAAGCUUCAUUGGCUAUCAAAACAGAAAGACGCAGAUCUCAAUUGGCGAAGGUUGUGAUUAUGAACACGUGAUGGUGCACGAACUUGGUCACGUGAUCGGGUUCUGGCACGAGCAAAGCCGCCCCGACAGAGACGACUACAUUCGCAUCGUCUGGGAGAACGUCAUCGACUCGAUGAAAUACAACUUUGAUAAAGUGGUUGACGGAGCUGUCGACAGCGUCGGGGAACCGUAUGAUUACGCCAGUAUAAUGCACUAUCCCUUUAAUGCCUUCUCUAAAGAUUGGAACAAAGACACCAUCAUUCCCUUGAGACCGUUAAACGGAAAGGAACCUUACAUUGAAUUGACAAAAUCUGAUGCAAGACAGGCGAAUAUUAUGUAUAAAUGCUCAGCGGUUUUGAAAAAGAGAAGCGAAGAUUUACGAAGAUCUGCAGUCAUUCCAAGCAUGAAUAACGAGGACUCUUGUGAGGACGACGAAAUUUAUUGUCCUUUGUGGGCAAAAGACGGCGGUUGUGUGGAGGCAGCCAAUCCUCUGCUUUUGGUAUGCAGGAAGAGUUGUGGCAACUGUGGACCUUGUGUUGAUCAGCAUCCAACUUGCAAACUUUGGGCAGAUGACGGUCAUUGCGAUAAAAAUCCGUCAUAUAUGUGGUCAAACUGCAAAGUUAGCUGUCAUAUAUGUACACCAGAUCCUUCAACGCCAUCCCCACCAACCCGACCCCCGCGUCCCACCCCCGGGAAGACGACAAGACCAACAGAGCCAACGAACCCCACAGAUCCCAUCACCAGGCCAACAUCCACGGUUAACCCCCCGGUCAGACCCAAAUACAGAGGUAUCAGAUGUACAGACAAGGAUACAAGAUGCCCUGGCUGGGCUGCGAAUGGACGAUGCAAAACGGAUGCUUGGGUACACAAAAACUGCCUGCUCAGUUGUAAAAGAACCGAUCUCUGUGACGCAGAGCAACCACGACCCUCGGGCUCGUGUUCCCAGCCAUUCGGUCUCGGUUGGGACAGGACAAUUCCGGACGGCGCAUUCCGAGCUUCCUCGUCGUUCUAUCCAGGUGGUCCUUGGGGAGCGACUGCUAACAACGCCAGACUCUACAUGAGAGAUGAUCACGAUAAAAAACGGAUUGGUGCGUGGUGUGCUGCCUACGGUCAAACCCGUAACCAAUGGCUGCAAAUUGAUCUUGGUGAAUUAAGAUACGUAUCUGCUGUUGCUACACAAGGACGAGAUCGAUAUUUUGAACACGUUGAGACAUACGAGUUAUCCUUCAGCGAAGAUGGUUCGAGUUUCCAAAAGUAUCGAGAAAAUGGAUCAGUGAAGUUGUUCACUGGCAAUUGUGAUCACGUGACACCGGUGAUCAACAAGUUGGCAGAACCGGUUCUCGCCCGGUUUGUCAAGUUUCACCCAAGGAAGUUUUACGCAGGGUUGUGCAUCAGAGCUGAGAUUUUUGGCUGUAAUGCCUAGGAGAUUCAUUGAAUAAAAAUUGUUUCAAA